ACGUGUGUGCAUAUUAAAUAUAUCUAGCCGAUGGCUUCGCAUGUAGACUAGAAAAUUUGUGGAAAUAGAGCUCUCUCUCUCUCUCUCUCCCUCUCUUUGAAAUUAAGGCUGUCAUACUUUUCUGUGGAGUUUAGUACUCUGAAGCUUUUGCAGUCAAAAUGGGAGGGUUUAAUGGUUACAAGCCUGCAAUGGCUAUGGUUGGGUUACAGUGCAUCUAUACAGGACUUGCUCUUUUCACUAGGGCUGCUUUGUUACAAGGAAUGAGUCCCAGGGUUUUUGUUGUCUACAGACAAGGUGUAGCCACUCUUAUCAUGGCUCCUAUAGCUUGUUUCACUAGAUGGAGAAAUCCAUAUAAGACUUCACUUGGAUUAAGGACUUUUUCUUUGAUUUUUAUCACCUCCCUUAUUGGUGUGACAGGCAAUCAAAAUGCCUAUUUUGAAGGGUUGUACUUAUCUUCUUCGACAAUAACAACAGCUAUGACUAAUUUGCUUCCUGUAAUGACCUUUGUAAUGGCAACCAUUGUAGGAAUGGAGAAAGUUAAUUUUCAAAGCUUGAGAAGCAUUGCCAAGAUAAUAGGGACAAUCUUUUCUGUCGGUGGAGCUAUUUGCAUGGCACUGGUUAAGGGUCCAAAAGUAUUAAACAUAAAGCUUUUACCAUCAAAAUCACUACUCUUAGGUAUGGGAGAGGAUGAGAAUUUGCAACUGGGUUGUGUAUUUCUCUUCAUAAGCUGCCUUUGCUGGUCCUUUUGGAUGAUCAUGCAGGUGCCAAUUUCGGCCAGUUGUCCAGACCACUUGUAUUCAACUCUUUGGAUGUGUUUAUUGACAACCAUCCAAUCUGCAAUAUAUACAUUUGUGACAGAGCCUGAUCUACAAGUAUGGAAUCUUCAUUCCUAUUUAGAACUUGGAAGUUGUUUGUAUGCAGGAAUUGGUACUGCGGUAUCUUUUUUUGUUCAAGCAUGGUGCAUACAACUAAGAGGUCCUGUCUUUGUUGCAAUGUUCAGCCCUCUAUGCACUGUUAUAACAGCCAUUAUAGCCUCUUUGUUUCUACAUGAGAAGUUAUAUGUUGGAAGCUUGGUCGGUGCUUUAGCUGUGAUUAUUGGGCUAUAUAUUGUGCUUUGGGGAAAAGCAAAAGACCUUGAAGAGAUUAAACAGGACACUAAAGAUAUUCCAAAGCUGGAGGGUGAUCAAACGAAAUCUAUACAGGUCUUGAUAGACCAGUCUGUAGAGAAGAGUAAAAGUUGUACAAGUGAAUUGGAAGAAUCACUUCUACCUGAUAAAUAAAUCAAUUUAUGCUCAUUAGGUUGGCCUGAGUAGGUAAGUUGGACGGACUAUACUCUAUAACAAAAAUAUCAUUUCUUGGUGUGUUAAAAUGCGAAAUGUGGUUUAAAAAGUGGAAUUGGUUUGUAUGAGUUCUGCCUCAACACUAAUUAAUGAUAAGUGAAAUAAUUCAUGCUUUUAUAAA